CACAGCGAUUCCCCAAUUGAGGCGCAACAGAGUUCACCAGCGAAUGCAGGAACACCGGAAAUAAUAACUAAACCAACGAACGAGAAAUGGUGGAGGCUACCAGAACGAAGAGAGACAUUUUUUCCGAAUAAACGUGUGACAGUACGUUGACUAACUGUACAAGACCUCUCCCCUUCACUUCACUCUACUGCAGGGUGGGAGAUGCAACAAUGGCCUUGAGAACAGCAGGAAGUGUGUUGGUGGUCUUUCUCUGGUCUGUAGCAGUGGUACUGGGUCAGGAUGGCUGGAGAGUAAAAUACACCACUCAGAGUAUCUGUGCCUUGAAGGGGUCAACAGUGGAGAUGUCCUGCUCUUACACAUAUCCCAGUGGUUAUACAGUCACAACAACCUUCUGGUUCACUAAAAUUGUAAAUCUGAGAGACGACCCAGACUACAAAGGUCGUGUGACGUACCGUAGCGAUACGACGAAUGGCCACACCCUGAAAAUCACAGACUUGAGAGAGAGUGACUCAGCUGAGUACAAGUUCAAAUUUAUAACAGAUCAGACUGGAGGGAAAUAUUCUGGUGAUCCUGGAGUCACCUUGUCUUUUACAGACCUGCAGGUGAAGGUGACCACUACAUGGUGGUCAACGACACUGACCUGUAGCACCACCUGUACUCUGACUGGUAACCCCACCUACAUCUGGUACAGGAACAGUAAGAUUGUACAAGAGAACUCCUCCCCCUCAUACACAGUCGACUUAAAAACUGAAGACAGCUUCUACUGUGCUGUAAAAGGCAUCAAUUCUCCUGCAGUGUGUGAGUGUGACUAA